UCUCAUCGAUCAAGAGCUGAUCAUUAGGUCACCUAGCUAUUGGAAAAUAAUCAGAUAUUUUUUUAUUAUUAUUAUCAUGGAUUCAUCUGGGAAUAGAAACACAGAAGGGAAACAGAAUGCUCUGCAAACUCUCUAUAUGCGCUAUGUAGUGUCUUUCCCAACUAUAGUGUGUUUCGUCUUAUCUCUGAGUUCAAUAGCGGUGUGUUUUCUGAUGACUUUUAAAACGCAUCAAAUGGAGAGUCGCCUGCACGCGCUGGAGAUCAAGAUGACUGACAUCUGUCAAGAAUCAUCAGACGUCUCUGUUUCACAGGAUCUGCGGGAUUCAAUUGAGACACUCUUAAAAGAGAGGCUGAAUGAAGCGAUGCCGAAACUGCGUGUGGCAAGAGAAGUGACACAAGACUGCAACUGUCCUCCAGGUCCACCUGGGAAACGUGGAAGAAGAGGUGACCCUGGACCCCCAGGCAAACAUGGAAGAGAUGGUUACCCGGGUCCACUCGGUCUUGAUGGCAAACCCGGUCCUCCUGGACCUAAAGGAAGCCAGGGCCUGCCGGGUCCAAAAGGAGAUAAGGGUGACCAGGGAGACACUGGACCAAGGAUGGUCUUUCCUCGAUAUGAUCAUGGCUACAUCUCGGCUGAUCAGCCCAGUUUCCAGAGGCGUAUGCUGAAGGGUGAUCAAGGUCAGGCUGGCCCACCAGGACCUCCAGGCCCUCCUGGAUCACCCGGUCCAAGAGGGCCCCCAGGGAACACUGGAAAAGAUGGUCCCCGCGGCCCACCGGGAGAUCCAGGUGUUGCUGGUCGAGAUGGAAUGGAGGGACAACGAGGCUUACCAGGAAAGCCGGGUGAAGUUGGUGAUCAAGGUUACUCAGGACCACAGGGACCUCCUGGGUCAAAGGGCGAGCAGGGAGAGCCAGGUCCCCAGGGUGACCGAGGAACCGACGGUCUGUCAGGCUUGAAGGGAGAUAAGGGAGACGUUGGAGAACAAGGACCCCAGGGACGUCCUGGUGAGAAAGGCACAUCAGCAUCGGGUGACAUCAUUGACUUCAAUGGCAAACUCUUAGAUGCUUUUCAGGCCAUUAAGACCAUCAGUGUUUCGGGACCUCCUGGUCCUCCUGGACCCCCGGGACCAGCAGGAAAAGAAGGGCCAAGGGGUGAACUUGGCUUGCCUGGGCCUGCUGGGGUUGAUGGUGAAAAGGGUGAUAAGGGAGACACUGGAGAGCCUGGUGAAGCUGGAGAGAGGGGCGAGAAAGGAGAAAUGGGCUUCUCUGGUCCCGCUGGAUUGGAUGGGCAGAAAGGAGAGAAAGGAGACUCUAUACUAGAGGAUAAUCUGGUUCAGAUGAUUUCACAGCCAGGACCACCAGGACCUCCAGGCCCACCAGGAACUCCCGGAUACAUGGGUCAUCGUGGGAUCCCAGGUACAAAAGGUGAUCCAGGGGAAAAUGUUAAAGGAGAAAAGGGAGAAGCAGGUGCUCCAGGAAUUCAAGGCCUACAGGGUCCGCAGGGGCCUUCAGGGGCAACCGGAUUGGUUGGUCUUCCCGGCACAAAGGGUGAAAAGGGUAAACAAGGGGAAUCUGGAUUAGAUGGUUUUCAUGGCUUUAAAGGUGACAGGGGCGAUCGUGGGGAGAGAGGAGAAAAGGGAGACCGCGGUCCUGUUGGAAAGAGAGGACUCAAGGGAAAUAAAGGAGAACAGGGACCCCCAGGUCUGGACCAGCCCUGUCCCGUGGGCUCUGGUGGAUGUAAAAAAGAGGCAGUGGAAACGGGGCAUUCGGCCCCAGAGGUCCCCUGCCCACUGGGUCCAGAUGGGCUUCCAAUACCAGGCUGCUGGCACAAGGAACAAGGGAGGCUUCAGAAGCUCAAGAGGAAGCGUCUCUCCCAGCCUUGAUGUUCUCCAAGAACCCGAGGAGUUUAAUUGACUUUACGGUCCCUCAAAAGACAGCAUCUCAAAAAUAUUGAUUCAUAUUGACUGUCCUCAAUGUGCAUGUUGUAUGAGGGUGCAAACAGCCCUCAGUUUGGUCAAUAUUUUUACAUGGAGGAACAUGAUUGAGACGAGCUCUUGGAGAGGAUGUGAGGUCAGGGAUUGGCCUCAUGGAUGCAUUUGCUCAGCAACAGCAACAUGGGAAGCUAUGGCAUGGAAUAAUACAGAACCGAUCAUUAUUUUGGGAUUACUAUUGAACAGUAAUUUACGAUGAUUUAUUUCUGUUACUGUUAAAUGCUUGGUUUAUUUCUUAUUGUUUAGCCGAUUAAUAUAUGCAAAAAUACAUAGCAAGCAUCAGGAAAUGUCACCCAAAGACCAACUGUCAGAAGCAUUCAUACGUUAUUGCAAAAUAAUAUACUCAUUGACAGUAAAAGGAUAUACUGCAUUUCUUUUAAAACAAUGCAGCAUAAUAGUGAGCAAGAAAAGUGUGUUAUAUUGUAUCUGUUUAUUUUUUAUUUCUUUAAAACUACUGCAUCUACAUUUUGUUAGUGCACGUCUGUUGUGAUACUUUGUAUGAGAUAUAUGCUAACUGUGACUACCUGCCGUUACAAUCCUUUACACAUAUUCCAUAGUUUUGUUCAUAGUAAUUUAUGGUAUGUACUGAUUGCUUUUUAAAGAUGGCGAAAACUGACGAUUUUUUGUGAACAGUAUUUUAGAUUUCAGAAAGUAUUACAGUCCUUUCUUUUAUAGCAUGAUAGCAAAGAAAGCAAUUUUGUUGGUUUUAUAUUUACUUUGCUUGGCUUUCAAAGAUUCAACACAAAGAAACAACAUCCCAAAUCUACACCCUAGAGGGUUCCCAUGGUCAAACAUAUCUGGAAAUAUCAGGGAAUGUUAUACAUUAAAUGAUGUUAAAUGACAGUUGGCUCUUUACAAUGAAUCGGUCACACUAAACACAAAGAGGUCUGUAAGAUUAAUUUGUUAAUAGAUUGGAUUUAAAAAAAAUCAUAAUUUAAUCCUCCAGUAAUAAAAAAAACUACUGGUAAAAGGCAUUGAAACUCAGUGGUUAAAAAGUGUGGGAACCCUGUACAUAAGAAUUUUUUAUAUACAUAUUUAUUAGUAAUUAUCAAAUAACCAGUGAUCAACGCAUGCAAAGUUCUUCUAUACAUAUUGCAACACAGAUAAUGGAUUUGGAUUUCUAUGAGCAUUAUUUGACAGACAAGCUUUGUCUUUGAUUUACUAAGUGAUUUAUGUAAGUGUAAAAAGCAUCUUGAUUGACCAACAACAUGAUUGAGGCAUUUUAGAAACAAAAAAGAAUGGGAUGAAAUUUCCAGAACAUUUUACUCUAUAACUUUUGUUUGACUUUCUUUACAGUGUUUAAAUGCAAAGAAUGAUGUAUUAUGAAGAUAUUGAAAGAGUUUGCUACUGAAUCAUUAUUUGUAUUUAAUUGUUGAUAUGGGUUAAAAAAAAAAAACGAAAUACUUAGCUACUGCCUGACAGCCAUAACAUGCAUUCAUAUGCUUAUUAAAAUAUGUUUUAUAAAACAGAAAUUAAAGUUUGUUACAAUUUAA